UUUAAGUGGCUAUUUUUGGUUUUAUGGCAAACGCUUUGCCGAUGGUUUAGUUUUCCCUUUUCAAGCAGCUUAGACGGCUGUAUGGUUUCAAUGUGUGCGGAGUUGAAGGGUUUUAGACAGUCUGAGAGAAACGGGAAUCCCGACAAGAAACAAAUCAAAAGUAGACGAGAUGGAACAGAAAUUAGAUCAGCAAAAGACAAGGUUUGAAAGACUGUAACCAGAGAGUAUAUCUGCCGUGGUUAUUGUGGAGAUAUGGCAGCCAGGAUGGUAGCCCAAGUAAUGAACAUUUAUCUGUGCAGAACAAGAUUUCCUGAUUUACCAAACUGCUUUCCAUCUGCGUGGUUUAAGUCAUCAUAUUUGAGACUCUGUGCUUUUAGUUGCAAUCAUGCAACUGAGGCAAUUCAAAAACCAGAAAAUGCAGCUUUGUUAAGCAAUUUGUCUGUUUUGGGUGUGGAUAUUAAGAUGGCCCAGAAGAGGCAGCCUGGAGUCUUCAGAAAAGUGGUCACUAAUGAAGAGGGUGUAGCCGAGUUCUUGAGAAGCAAAGGUGCCAAUCGCAAGACCAUUGCCAGUGUUAUCUCAAGAUACCCUCGAGUCAUCACACGUUCCUAUCACCACCUUGAAGAAAGAUGGCAAUUAUGGCGAAGCAUUUUCAAGACAGAUUCUGAGAUCAUAAGCAUUAUUGAGCGUUCUCCAGAAUCAUAUUUUCGUUCAAGUGACAAUGAAAAUUUUGAAAAAAAUAUCAAUUUUCUUUAUUCGCUUGGCUUAACCUCAAAGGACUUGCGUCGCAUUUUAACUGCUGCUCCACGAGCACUCUCAAAUAGUUUGGAACUAAACAAACAGAUGGCAAAACAUCUACGAGAUCUUGGUGUUAGUUUAGGCAUUGAGAAUCCAGAUGAUUUUGUUAAACGGAUUAUGACUAAAAAUGCUUACAUACUUAUAAGAAGCACUAAACGGAUAAAAACCAAUGUAGACUUUUUCAGAGAAGCACUUGAACCAAGUAACAGUGAACUUAUAAAACUUCUUCAGGGGCAAGGCGCUGAAGUUUUGGACCUCUCGACUGACUACAUGAAAAGAAAUUUCAAAAAUAUAAGCGAACAGUUGUAUUCAUUAGGAUGCAGCACUGAGGAAGUGCAGAAAUUCUUUUUGGAAUAUCCACCAGCCUUUUAUGCUUCAUUUGAAAAACUUUCCUAUAAAAUCGACUGUCUCCUAGAAAGUGAAAUUAAUAUUAAACAACUAUUAAAUAAGCCAAGAAUAUUGGAAUUCAGUGCAAUCAAUUUGAAGAAUCGUAUAAAGGAGCUAGAACGGGUUGGGUAUGACUUUACAAAACAUGGUGUGACCAUUUUAGAUUCUAGUAGAAGACGAUUUGAAGCAAAAUUAGGAAAGCUAAAUAAAGAGGAAUAGCUAUGUUGGUUCCUUGAUUUGAUGAGUCUUGUAUCAUUCUGUGUACUCUGAAUGGUGCGAUCAUUUUUAACAUGACUUUUGACUCUUUGAAUUUAACAUUGUAUAUAGAAAGGUGAUUGAGUGC